UGUAUGUAUGUGUGUAUGUUUAUAUGUAUGUAGGUAAUAUGUGACGUAUGAUCGUCCAAAGAUUUAUUUAUUCACUUGUGCACGUUUCUACCACGUUGACGUUGAGCUCUAACGAUAAGAGAAAGUAACGGUAGCGAAACAUUGUUCACAGGACGAUGUCUCUCUCUCUCUCCCUCUCUCGACAUCAAUAUUUUCAUUAAUAUGUUGAUAAUAUUGGUGACGGUUCUACUACUGACUAGACCAUACAGUGUAAAUAAUCAGUGUUUAAUCUAUUAUUGUUAAAAAAUAACAAAAGACUCAUUGAUCGUUCGUUUUAUGUAAGCCUCGCGAUAAUACAUAGAAGAAUUUACUUAUGUAGACAGGGUUUUUAUAAUAUUUCCCGAACAAUAUAAAUUGCUUCCAUUUGAUUUAAUCAAGAUUUUGAUUAGACUACAACAGUAUUAGAUGCUCGGCAUUGAUUGAAAUCGUUGAUCGACGUAAGUAUCGCCAUUUCGAUAGCGGAACGGAAUGUUAUGUCCUUGAUUUGAUUAGAAUUUAAAAAGCCAUUAAUUUGUUGUACGUCUUUCUAACAAGUAUUAUCUUUGGUAUUUCUAAAUAAAAUAUAAAUAAAUAUUAUUCAAUUGUAGCAUUAACCACAAUUCUUUUAUCACGUCCUUUAAUUAAAUUGACUAAUUGUAUUAAUCUUCCUUUAGAAGUUCACAGUUCCCUAGGCACACUCGCAACGCUUAUCUCGCAAAAAUGCAUAUUUGCAUGAUUUUUUCAAUAUUCUUGUGGGUUGGCUUAACAUUUGUACAUAUUAUCGUCUUAUUUAAAAAAAAAAAAAAAGAAGUAUAUUGAAAUUUUCUAAACCAACGCGUUUCUCAAUCUUUUUCGGCUGUGUAAUUUGAGUGAUACCACGGCCUAAAUGAUCAGAUUCCAAUCAAAUCUAAAAUUAAUCAUUAUCCUUAAUUUAGUAUAAGUGAAAUCAAGGGUGCAAAACUGCGUACUAUUUGGUUCUUGAAAACAUCAGAAUGCCAUUAUACUCGAGAUCGGACAACUGGGCCUCGAAGCUAGUGAUCGUUCUACAGUUCACAGCUUGGAUCUCAGUUGGCAUAGUUCUUCUUCAAAAAGGCGUUACCUCCUUACGAAGUCAGUCCAUGAUAGAGACAAAUAGCAACACUCAGGAAACAAACGAUACGACGAUGAAAUAUUUAAAUGAGAAAACGAAGAGAACGACGGAUCAAGAAGACUUAUCUAGCUAUAUUUCCAAAUCUAAAGAACAUUCAAUAAAAAAGUUGUUAAAAUCAUAUCCAGAGAAAGCAAAUGAUAAUAUUAUAUUGGAAAAACAUUCGAGUAGACAUUUAAAUAUUAAUGGAAAGUAUUACGAAGAUAGCGGUGAUAAAAUCUCGGAUAUGAAUUGGCUUACGAAAGAAUCGAAAGAAAAUAAACAAGAAGAGGAGAAGGAUAUAAUGAAUUUAAAUAAGAUAGUCACUCGCACCAGCAUUAAUGAUUCAUCGAUAUAUUCUAAUGAAACGCAAGAAUACAAAAUUACCACCGUUGAUUCCGAAAAAAGGAACAAUUCUAAUGUAACAAGUUUGAGAAAUGGAAAAAAAUUACGUGCCCGUAUGAGCAGCGGUGCUGCGGCCGCCAUUGCUAUGGUUGCUGUUGGUGCUGCGAUGCUCGUUGUUGGACCUAUGGUUAUCGCUUUACGGGCACUCGAUAAAAGACGACAAGAAAGGAGAUACUUAAAAUCAUUGGGGUGGAAUGAUCAACCCCCUACUUAUGAACAAGCAACAUUAAUGAGCGAAGUUCCGAGAUAUUCCACCUUAAAUUUGAACACUACCGUCCACAGUUCCUGCGUUGCAUCUCCGUCUGCAUGUUUACCCGCAAACACUAGCUAAAAAUCUCCCUAGGUUAUUAUUUUAAUAUACUCAUCACAAUGCAUACACUUUCUUACGAAUUAUAAUCUUUCUCUUUCUUUUUGUCUUAAUCAUGUAAGUAUACAGGUUCAAUGCACAUUAUAUAAGUCAUUUUAUAUUUCACAAACAAAGACCAAAAGCACUGAA